UCCCUUGUCGCAGCGGGUGGAUGACGUCUAAUUUUCGCGUCCUCGACAUGCUGCGCGUUUCGGGGCUGGGGUGGACUCUGGUCUCCUUGCAAGCGAAGGGCGCCCUGGUGCCGCAGCAAUGGCAUUUGCCUCGUUUCCUUCAUCCUGGCAUUCCUGUCCUGACAGCAAAGGAAGCACUGAUGAAACUUAGGAAGAAAACUGGCUAUUCCUUUGUAAACUGCAAGAAAGCCUUGGAAAAAUAUGAUGAUAAUAUUGAAGAAGCUGAAAUGUGGUUGCAUGAACAAGCACAGAAGGAGGGAUGGAGCAAAGCGUUGAAACUUCAAGGGCGGAAGGCCAAAGAAGGUCUAAUAGGACUGCUUCACGAGGGAAGCUCAGCCGUAAUGGUAGAGGUAAACUGUGAGACGGAUUUUGUGGCCCAAAAUGUUAAAUUUCAACAGCUGGUUCAGCAAGUAGCUAUUGGAACAAUGAUUCACCAUAAGGAGACCAUAGACCAGUCAAACACGUAUGCUAAGCGUUUCUUGAAUUCUGAUGAGCUUUCUCAACUCAGGACGGGACCAGGCGGAUCUUUGCUCACUGACCAACUUGCUCUGGCAAUAGGGAAGCUAGGUGAGAACAUGAUUGUUAAGAGGGCAGCCUGCAUAUCGGUGCCUGAGGAUUUCUUCAUUGGCUCUUACGUACACGGGUCACCCUCCGAGAGCACCUCGUUGCUUUCUAACAUGUUAUUUGGCAAAUACGGUGCCCUGGUGAUCUGCAGUUCCUCGGAGGAAGACCCAAAGUCUGACUUUGCAGAACUGAGCAGAAGACUGGCCCAGCAUGUGGUUGGGAUGGCCCCUCUCUCUCUGGGCUCUCCGGAAGACGAACCCGGAGAUGAAUCUGAAACAAAGAUGCUUGCCCAGCCAUACGUUAUGGAGCCAACUAUUUCCUUGGGACAAUACCUUCAGCCGACUGGUAUGUCUGUGUUGGAUUUUGUGCGGUUCGAAUGUGGAGAAGAUCCAGAGUUGUCCGAAUCAAGCUAGGCACAAGAUUGGUUUGUCAGACUGGGAACGUCAGACUAGCUUGGGCUUGGGAGCGAUUCACAGAAGUAGCUGGUAAUGGUAAUGCCAGUAAUGUUACGUCUAAAGCCAAGAAUGAAGAACAUUGGAUGCCUUUCGAAAACGCAGAAGAGGCUUUGGUAGAAUGUAACCGACAAAAUAUGUCAAACAGAUGUUAAUGUGAACAAAUAAAGUACGAGUCCCUUC